CGCAGUAUCAGCCAUGAUUUGAUGUGCGCAUGCACCCCAAUCAUUCUCCUUCCAUCAAGAUUAAUCAUCGUCCAGCGAUGAAGCUCGAGUUGUGUAACUACAGUGGGUACAAAAUCUAUCCUGGCCAUGGCAAGAGGUACUGUCGGUUGGAUGGAAAGGUCUUCAACUUCCUUAACAAGAAAUGUGAGAGGGCCUUGCUAAUGCACCGCAACCCACGAAAGAUCACGUGGACUGUUUUGUAUCGCCGAAAGCACAAAAAGGGCACCACUGAGGAAGUCACCAAAAAACGAACAAGGCGCAACAUUAAGUUCCAGCGUUCAGUUCAGGGGGCUACUCUAGAGAACAUCCUAGCCAAACGAAACCAAAAGCCUGAAGUAAGAAAAGCCCAGCGGGAACAAGCUAUCAGGGCUGCAAAAGAAAAGGCAAGGGCCAAAGAGCAACAGAAGAAAGUAGUCAAGGCACAGCAGCAGCAACCUGUCCGGCAAAAGCAGAAGGCGGCCAAACCUGUGCAGACAAAGGCUCCUCGUGUUGGAGGAAAGCGCUAAUUAAAUUCAUCUGUGCUUUAUAGCUUCCGACAUGUAAUAAAGCCUUUGAUAAAUGAA